UCUCGGCGUCAGGCUCAGGCAGUGAUCCCGUUGCUUGCAUUGGCUCCAAGAAGACUGAAGUAUAUCAAACUCUGAAGCAAUUAAACUCGAGUCAAGACCGAAAAUAUCAGAUCAGUCUUGGACGAUGCGUGCCCUCAACGCCCUGGUUGUGGUGCUCCUCAGCGUACACCUUGUUUCUGCUCAGCAACUUGGCACGCUGAUGAAGCAAUGCCACGAGCAGUUCCUGGACCGCUUCAACGAAUGCUUCAUCAGCGCCGUGAAGCGCGUGCAGCCCACUCUCGUCAAAGGCAACCCGGAGCUGAAUGUGUCCAGCUUGGAUCCCCUGAACCUGGGCAACAUCUCAUUCACGCAACGCGAAGGCCCCGUCACAGUCAACGCCUUCUACUCCGAUACCCUCGUGUACGGCGUGCCCAAGUUCGACAUCAAGUACCUCGAGUGA